CCCUGUGUUCUGAUGUCUCAUCAUUCUCCCUAACCGUUGGGGUAAAGAUCUCAGCCAAGAGGCAAGAAAAGGAUAAAUUAUAGAAGGAUGUUGAAGGAAGUGCUCUUCUUAGUUCUGACGGCAUUAUGUCUGUCGGACGCCGUCAGUAUUAAAAGUCACGUUGCUGACAUGAAUUUCGUACAAAAGCAAAAGAAGAUCCAUGAAUUAUUGCUUUUUGUCAAACAAAACGUUCUAACCGACGUAGAAUUUUACAAUAUUGGACGUAACUAUAAAAUCGAGAACAAUGUGGAAAUGUACAAAGAAAAGGAUGUCGUCAAAGAGUUCCUUCAUUAUUAUAAACGCGGCAUGCUUAGCCGCGAGGCCACCUUUUCGCCAUUCUACGAAGAGCACCUUAACGAAAUGAUUCUAUUGUUCAAACUCUUCUAUAAUGCAAAAGAUUUCGAUAUCUUCUAUAAGACCGCUGCUUGGGCACGUUUUUCCGUGAAUCCCGAUGUCUUCACGCUAGCUUUCUACGUUGCCAUUUUCUAUAGACCCGAUUGCAAAUAUAUUAUGCCUAUGUUACCUUAUGAAGUAAAUCCAAAUUAUUUCUUUGACUCGAAUGUCAUUCAGGAGGCACAGCGCAUCAAAAUGAUGCAUGGUUUAACUUCUACUGGCAAUAUGAAUAAUACGGACAUUUACGUAAUCUACAGUAACUAUACUAACACGUUCUCGGAAGAAAACAAAUUAGACUACUUUACGGAAGAUUUUGGUUUGAAUACCUACUAUUUCUAUUUCCGUCAGAUCUUCCCAUUCUGGUUGAAUAGCAAAGAAUACAAUAUUCCUCGGGAAUAUCGUGGUAUUUUCUACUUGUAUGUCCACCAGCAACUGGUCGCUCGUUACUACUUGGAACGCUUGUCGAAUGACUUGGGUGAGAUCGAAGAUUUUAACUUACAGAAACUAUUUUACCCAGGAUUCCAUUCUUCUGUGGUAUUUAGUAAUGGUGUUGUAAUACCCCCAUACAAGUCUUAUUACAAUGUACCUUAUUACAAAUACCAAUAUUUAAAGGAAAUUGAUACUCUAGAAUUUCGUUUUAUGAAUGCCAUUGAUUCUGGAUUAGUUUUAGACAGCAAUGGCAAAUUUGUCAACAUUUAUACUCCCGAAGGAUUAAAUAUUCUCGGUAAUCUGAUCGAAGGUAACUCUGAUACCUGUAACAAAUAUUACUACGGAAUGUAUGAAAUAUUGGCAAGAAAUGUUUUUGGAACCAACUUUGAUUAUACGGACAAAGACAAGACCAUGCCAAGUGCUAUGCAAUUGUAUAGUACCAGCAUGAGGGAUCCAACUUUCUAUGCUCUCUUUAAUAAAAUCAAUAAUUACGUAGAAAGAUACAAGAAACAUAUACCAGUUUACUCCCAGAGCGAACUCGACUUCCCUGGUAUCAAGAUUGAAUCCGUCAAUAUGGACAAACUUUGGACUUAUUUCGAUUACUGUGAGGCAACGAUUAACAAUGCCGUAUACUUUAAUAGUUUCAAAGAAGGGUCAUCCCUGUAUAUCAAGACUCGUCGUUAUUGCCUCAAUUAUAAACCAUUUACUUACCGUCUAAGUGUGAAUUCCGACAAAGACAUCAAAGUCCUAGUCAAGGUUUUCCUUGGACCUGCUAUAGGUCAAGACAUGAGUUACCUCAGCAAAUACUAUAAAUACUUCGUAAUGUUGGACCAAUUCGAUGUGUUACUAAAGCAAGGUAUAAAUAACAUCGAACAUGCAAGCACCGAAGCUAUUUACAAAACGUCUAGCGAUAAGUUCUACAAAAAACUCCAGAACGCUGUCAGUGGUAGCGAGCCAUUUACUUAUUAUGAGAAAGUCUACGCUUUUCCUGAACGUCUAACUCUUCCUAAGGGUAAACCCGAGGGUAUGAAAUUCAAGAUGUUCUUCUAUUUGAGUCCAUAUGACGAAUCGAAAAUGAUCCACAUCGAACUACCUAUCUUCGGUAAAAUGACUUACGACGGCAAGCCAUUCGGUUUCCCUCUUGACAGACCAAUGUACACCUGGAAAUUCUUUACUCCUAAUAUGUAUUUCAAAGACGUUUAUGUCUACAAUACAAAGGAUACCGAAAAGUUCUCUAAUUAUAAAAUGAAAAUAAUUCUAUUGCUUUUGGGAGCGUUUUGCUUAGCAAACGCUAUCCCAGUUCAUACCGCCGACAAAGCAUAUCUAAUCAAACAGAAGAGUAUCUACGAAUUAUUUUGGCACGUCGAUCAGCCGACGGUUUAUCACCCAGAACUCUAUCAAAAGGCUCGUUCGUUCAGCAUUGAGGAUCACGUCGGUUCCUAUGCGGACAAGACUGCAGUGACCGAAUUCCUUCAACGCUGGAAACAUGGAAUGUUGCCACGAGGCCAAGUCUUCUCUAUCAUGUAUCCUCAACUUCACGAGGAAACUGUUUGUUUGUUCAAUCUCUUAUAUUCUGCUAAGGACUUUGACACCUUCUACAACACUGCAGUAUGGGCACGAUUCAAUAUGAACGAGCAUAUGUUUAUUUAUGCUCUUAGUGUUGCCGUUCUUCAUCGUAGCGAUACCCAAUACGUUCGUCUUCCACCUCUGUAUGAAGUCCUGCCAAAUUUAUUCUUCAACGACGAUGUCUUACAUAAAGCAUACCAUCUUGGAAUGGGUGAUACUAGUUUAAAGAAGACCGUAGGUGGUGUUAAUUAUCACGUGAUUCACAGUAACUACUCUGGUUGGUAUCUCGUAAGGAACGAUGUACCUGAACAAAAGCUGACCUAUUUCACCGAAGAUGUUGGUCUUGGACAAUACUAUUUCAUGAGUAGCCACGAUUUCCCUUAUUGGAUGAACAGCGUUCAAUACAAAUUACCUACCAACGUUCGAGGUGAAAUGUACUUAUUUAAUCACAAACAAUUACUAACCCGUUACUAUUUGGAAAGAUUAUCAAAUGAUUUGGGCGAAGUUAACUAUGUUGAUGUCAAUCAUCCAAUUGUUACUGGAUACUAUCCAACAAUGCACCAUCACAAUGGACUACCAUUCUCUCAUCGUGAAACCAAUGCUGUAGUACCACUUUCCAUGCAUAAACAUGUACAGAAAGUUGAACAUCUUGAAACUCGUAUUGCCGAUGCCAUUGAUUCUGGUUACGUUGAAGAUGUUAACGGUCAAAAAGUAAAUAUCUAUACUGAGGGAGGUCUCAAUAUUCUCGGUAACAUCAUCCAAGGAAACGCUGAUACAUUAAAUCCAAAAUACUAUGGACAAUACGACCUCCUUUGUAGAAAGGUCUUCGGACUCAGUUUGGAACCAAAUACCAAAUACCAAAUUGUUCCUAAUGCAUUAGAAAUCUUCAGUACAAGUACAAGAGAUCCUGUCUUCUUUAGCAUGUACAAGAACGUCGUCACCUACUUAUUAAAUUACAAAAAGAACAUGCCUAGCUAUACACAAGAAGAACUUAGUUUCCCUGGUGUCAUGAUUGAAUCUGUUGCCGUAGACAAAUUAAUGACAUACUUUGAUCACUUCGAAUCUAUGAUCAACAAUGCUGUUUCAGUACAAAAUCACAAAGAAGCUCAAUCCACGUUGAUCAAGGCACGUCAAAAUCGUCUCAAUCAUAAGCCUUUCACUUAUCACAUUACCGUAAACAGCGACAAGGUUGUAAAAGCUGUAGUGCGUGUGUUCCUUGGACCCAAAUACACUGUACAUGGACACGAAGUUGAUAUCAGUGAAAAUUACAUGAACUUCAUAGAAUUAGACCAAUGGACAGUCGACCUCAAAGUUGGUACCAAUAAGGUCGAACGAAGCAGCCAUGAAUCAAUCUACGUUGCUCCCGAUGACGUUCCUAGUGAAUUACUCUACAAGAAAAUGCUGAAGGCCAUCGAUGGUGUGGAGACAUACGUCUAUACCACGAAACUUUACGGAUUCCCAGACCGUCUGAUGCUUCCUAAAGGAAAGAAAGAAGGCAUGCCAUUCAAACUUUUCGUACACAUUGCACCAGUUGAUGAGACCAAAUCUUUCAAGAUUGACUUGCCAAUCUGGGGAACUUCUGUCAUGGAUGGACGUCCAAUGGGUUUCCCAUUGGACAAGCCAGUUCAAGCGUACAACUUUACUUUAUCUAAUCUUCACUUCAAGGAUGUCCUUAUCUUCCAUAAGCAACUCGAUGAAAUGAACGUUACCGUCUAAAACAUUUUUAAUUAAAUUGUUUGAAUUUUUCAUAAGAGAUACAUCAAAGAGAAUCAAAGAAAAAGACUGCAGAGUUCUCGCUAAAAGCACGUGGAAUAUUUAUCUCCGUUAAUUUCUUAUACAGAGCGUUGAAAUGUUUUCAAUAAAAUUUCCGAUUUAUAAUUGACACCUUAAAGUUCGAUAGUUUUCUUUUUACGUAUACUAGUCCUAUUUUAUUUUUCUUUUGCGAUAACAUGAAAGAAAAAAACAUAAAAAUAGAUCAAAAGAUGAUUUAAACAUGUGACUCGUCAGUAGAUUGAGAAAAAUCCGGAUCCAUGCAAACUACGGGGUCAUAAUUAACAAGAAGUUCAUGCAAAUGAUUAAGCGUAAGUCUAGCUUUUAUCGGAAUUAUGAGAGCGAAGAUGCGAUAAUAAUGAUAGGUAUGUUCUUAUCUGGGAUAAUUAUAUCCAAUUUUUUUAUUAUUGAGAAUAAAUAUGCUGAUAGAGCUAUAUCAGUUAAUUACACA